AUGCCACCGAAAUCAGACGCGCUUUGGAAGGCUCGGGGAAAUAUCGAUUGCCAGAGACCAGAUGGGGCCCUUCACACAAUCCCACGAUCUGUCUUAACAAAGCCUUUAUCGCGGGGCAAAUCUGGAGCCCGAAGAAGCGCGAGAAUUCGUCGCAAAAGCUCUCGGCGGAUAAAAGGGAAGAAUGGAUGUGGACCUUGGAUUGAUCGUCGCAGAGUAUGGGACGAGAGAUGGAACAUGCCGUCCAAACCGUAUUAUAGUCUCUUGCAACCAUACGCUCCCUGGAACCUGCGAUGGGCACCCUGCGACCUACCUCUCUCAGAGGCUCAGGGGCUUGUCACGCGUGGGAUGUGGCUAUUGUUCUUCCCGUCUUUACCAAGUAUCAAUCAACCAACAAGACCGGCUUUUCAUAUGGUACACGCUCACGCUCCGGUGAGUUAUGUCGAAAGUGAAGGGAAGGGAUCGAUCAAACUUUCCCAUCCACCCCACCUGGGCAGCAACUGA